AUGGCUGAGAAACAUCCCAUCAAAGCUCCACACGCCCCUGAGGCAAACAGCCUGUCGGCUAGCGACAGCGACUCUCGAACAGACGAUGCGAGCGACUACGAGCUGACUGGAAUUCCACUAGUCCUGGUCAUGACUGGACUUGGUCUUUCUAUAUUUCUUAUGUCCCUAGAUUCCUCUAUCAUUGCCACAGCUAUUCCCCGAAUCACGUCACAAUUCAAUAGCACCAGCGAUAUUGGCUGGUAUGGAAGUGCAUACUCCUUUGCGAUGUGUGCUCUGCAACCUGUCGCAGGUAAACUGUUUGCAAGUUUUGCAAUGAAAGACAUGUUCCUCGGAUGUCUUGCCGUCUUCGAACUUGGCUCAUUGCUCUGCGCUCUUGCUGUUAACAGCCCUAUGCUCAUCGUUGGGCGUGCUAUAGCUGGCAUUGGGGCAGCAGGAUGCUUCACAGGAGCUUUCUGUAUUGUCGCAGUUUCCAUCCCGUUGGUCAAGCGACCCUUCUAUAUUGGAAUCCUUCAGUCAACAUUUGGCAUUGCCACUAUCAUUGGACCCGUGUUAGGUGGUGCAUUCACAGAGCAUGCGACGUGGCGGUGGUGUUUCUGGAUCAACCUCCCCAUCGGGGCUGUCACCAUUCUCUCAUUGGUUUUCUUCUUCAAACCGCCUACGCGCGAUUCGACAAAAGCUCCGACGGUUCUCCGCAGACUACAAAACCUGGACCUGCUGGGCGCUUCUAUUUUCGCUCCAGCCAUAAUCAUGAUCUUUUUGGCUCUUCAAUGGGGAGGAACUGAGCACGCUUGGAAGAGUGCUACUAUCAUUGGUCUCUUCAUCGGAGGCGCAGGUCUCGGCCUUGUCUUUGCUCUCUGGCAAAUACGAAGAGGUGACAGUGCCAUGAUUCCACCGCGUCUGAUUACGGAGCGUACAAUGUUCUUCUCCUGUUUCAGCGAGUUCUUCGCCAUGGGUGCCGUUUAUAUUUCGAUCUACUACCUCCCAGAGUGGUUCCAGGUCAUCAAAAACGCCUCGCCAACGAAAUCUGGACUCAUGUAUCUUCCCUUGGCGCUAUCAGAUGUCCUCUCCGCGACCCUAACAGGCGCCUCACUUAAAUAUCUUGGAUACCCAAAUCCCUAUAUGCUCCUUGGAACAGGCUUGAUGAGCAUAGCAACGGGGCUCUUCUCUACCUUCUCCCUAAGCACCCCCCACCAACAGUGGAUCCCAUUCCAAGUCCUCCAGGGUCUUGGUGUGGGAAUGACCCUCUCGAUGCCCUAUGUUGCAACACAGACAGUCCUCAAACCCGAAGAUAUUCCUGUCGGUACCUCAUUACUACAAUGCUUUCAAUUCUUCGGGGCUUCCGUGAACCUCGCCAUUGCGGAGGCUAUCUUUGAGAACAAACUUGUCUCGCGAUUGAAGGGUUGGGGAUUUGAGGGCCACGAGAUAGAGAAAAUUAUCAGUGCAGGCUCUGCCGAGGCAAGGAGUGCGGUGUCUGCGGCACAGCUUCCAGGCGUGUUGGAUGCAUACAACCAUGCGAUCACUAGGACGUUCUACGUUGCAACCAGUGUUGCCGCUUUUGCAUUCCUCCUUUCCCUCGGCAUCCGUUGGAGGAGUGUCAAGCCGAAACCCCAGGCUGCUGCCUCGGAUGAGGAGAUUAGCUCGUCAAACCCGAUUUACUACGGCAAACGAUCUAAAGCAGCCAUUCCACCCUACCUGGGGAUCGUUAUUAUGCUCAAUCAGCUACAAGAAAUCCCAGAGCUCUGCGUAUCAAUUGAUAUCAACGAAGAUAAGCUAAAGGACAUAAAAGAUCCCGUCGCAACCUUGACGAAAUAUGACUUCUUCCGUUGCUACAGUGACAUGAUUGAUAGGAUCGAAAGGAUCGGUCUUGACGAGAACUUGGAGCAAGCUGGAUUGCCCACAGAACUAGCAGAAGAAAACUUCUUCAGUGACAAGAAGGACGAGUUCGAGUUGAUGAAUAUACCACUGCCUGGCAAGAGUGGCAAAGACCACGUGCGGGACUAA